AUGAUGGAGCCUCGCACGAACAUCAACAGUCUCUCGGACGACCUUCUCUUUGCGAUCCUGAGGCAGUCGUUCGAGCAAUCCACUUCAACAUCGCCGUUUACCAAGCUAGAGGAGCUGCUCAUCACUGAGUGCAGUGAACUGGAGACCCUUCCUGACGACGUCAGAGACUUGGUGCCAUGUCUUCGCAAGCUGACCAUGCAAGAUUGCUAUUCUUUCUCUCAUCUGCCUGAAACUUUUACUUCUCUGAGCCGGUUGGAAGAGCUCAUCGUCUCUAUCUCUAACGAAUUUGCAUUACCUGAUAGCUUUGGUCACAUGCCUGCCCUCAAGCUGCUGGUGCUGGAUGCAAUGGAAAUUCUUGAUCUCCCUCCUUCCUUUAGCCAUCUCACAUCUCUUGAGGCUCUCUUCUUUAAUAAGUGCUAUGAACUUUCUGUGCCGGCAGGUUCCUUCUCUCUCAUGGCCCUCAAGGCGCUCUGCUUUUCGGACUCGCAGCAUCUUGCAUUGCCGGAGGACGUUGGGGUCCUUGCAACUCUGAAAGCUCUCAGGUUGCAUGACUGCCAGCGCAUUCCCCUCCCGACUUCAUUCACCCAGUUGUCUUCCCUCACGAGCCUUGAGCUGAAUGCAUGUGAUGGAGUCCAGCUUCCUGACGCCUUGGGAGAGUUGAUCGGCAUACAGGAGUUGAAGAUCAUCAAGAUUCCAACCAGCACGCUUCCUAGCUCGCUCACACGUCUUACAAGACUUCAGACCUUGGAGGUCAGACUUUGCAAGUUACUCUCGGAAGUACCCUCGAGGCUGGAUACUCUCGUGAGGCUGAAGAGGUUGGAGCUGACAGAGUGUCGGCAGCUGAAUGGACCCCCUACCGCCCUGCCCCCUUCUCUUGAGACCCUCAACUUGGGGCCUUUUAGGAAAGGCUCUUUCCAUGUGGUGGACAUUUCUAUGCCAUCGCUGCUGAGGGUGCUGAAGCUGAACUGCGUCAACGUGGAAUGCGGGCCUGCAGUGAGCUGGAGGCUGUCGUGUGAGGAGCAGCUCGAGCAGCUGGGCUUAUAUUCUGAAGGAGAAGGUCGAGAGCUCCCGCUUCCUUCGACUUUCCUCCCUCACUUACGCAACUUGAUGAGUGAGCAGCUGGAGAUGCUGAAGCGGCUGGAGAAACUCGAGCAGCAGAAGCACAUGGCGCAACUGGAGCAGCUGGAGCAGCUGGAAAUGCACUUAGAAGGUAGCAAUCCGAAGCUACCAAUCCCAUUGACAUUUCUCCCUCGCCUACGCAGCUUGCUGAUAAAGGCACCUGCAGUCCGCAGCCUCCCAGGAAACAUGGGAACGGUGUUGCCGCAGCUGCGUCAGGUGGAGCUGCUUUCUUGGUCACCGGAGGAGCUGCGAGAAAGCAUUUGGGGGCUCAGCUCGCUGACGUCACUCAAGCUUCACGCACCUCAGCUGGUGGCGCUACCUUGA